UGUGCGUGACCUAUAGUUGUUUUUUGGUGUUAAAAUUAUCUUCACCGAGAAUUUCCAUUGAAAAAUCAGGGAAAAAAGCAAAAAUAAUUUCAUUUUUUGAUUUUAAUUAAUUUUCAAAAAUAAAAAAUUUCAUUAUGAAAUCUAAUAAUCAGCAACAAUCGACAACAGCAACAACAACAACAACGGAUGUUGCAAUUAGCCAUAGUUCAGCAAUAGCUGAAGCAACUAAAGCUGAAUUUCAGUUUCGAAAACCAACCACCGAAUUUGAUGAUCUAAAUUUUAAACAACGACAUCGUCGUCGUAUGAGUUUACCAGUGACAAAUCGUCAAUCAUUAACAACAGCAACAACAACAAUUAUGGAACAAGAAUCGAUUGUUGAAAAAAUGGAACGUUUAAUGGCAAGUCAUCAAACAGAUGUACCGAAAACAACUGCCGGUAUUGUUGCCAAAAUUGUUAGCUCAUUGGAUUCACAGGCAGCAGCAGCUGCUAAAGCAACAUCAGCAACUCAAACAACAACAACCGAUGUACAACAUCGGCAAAAAUCAUUAUCACCUGAAUCUACUGGCAAACAACAAAAACAAUCAACUACAACUAAUCGUCAUCGUCGUGAUUCACAAUCAUCAAUACCAUCAUCAUAUACAAGUGAUGAUGAUGAAGAAGAUUCUGUUGAUGAUGAUGAUGAUUCAGAUGAUGAUUAUGAAUCAAUUUCACCACGAUUACGACAACCAAAAUUACAAAAUUCUCGAAAACAAACCGAUUUUUGUGUACGUGAUAUAAGAGAUGCUGAUUUUGGUCGUCGUGAAAUUGAAUAUGCUGAACGUGGUAUGCCAGGAAUUGUUGCCCUAAGAGAAUCGGCAAAAGAUGAUCAACCAUUAAAAGGAGCUCGUGUGAUGGGUUGUACACAUAUCAAUGCGCAAACUGCUGUUUUGAUUGAAACUUUAUUAAAACUAGGUGCUACUGUACGAUGGUCAUCAUGUAAUAUUUAUUCUACACAAGAUUCUGUUGCAGCUGCAUUAGCUGAACGUGGUAUACCAGUUUUUGCUUGGUCAAGACAAAGUGAAGAUGAUUUUUGGUGGUGUAUUGAUCAAUGUCUAUUGACCGAUUCAUGGCGUCCAAAUCUGAUUCUUGAUGAUGGUGGUGAUGCAACACAUUUAAUGUUAAAAAAAUAUCCUGCAUCAAUAAAAUUAUUGAAAGGAAUUGUUGAAGAAUCAUUAACUGGUGUACAUCGUUUAUAUCAAUUAUCAAAAACAAAUAAGCUUUUAGUACCAGCUAUUAAUGUUAAUGAUUCGGUAACUAAAACAAAAUUUGAUAAUCUUUAUUCACCCAGAGAAUCAAUAAUUGAAGUAUUAAAACGUACAACUGAUACAUUAUUAGGUGGACAUAUUGCAUUGGUUUGUGGUUAUGGUGAAGUUGGUAAAGGUUGUGCAUCAGCAUUAAAAGGUGCUGGUGUUAUUGUUUUUGUCACCGAAAUUGAUCCAAUCUGUGCAAUACAAGCUUGCAUGGAUGGUUUUCGUGUUGUAACUGUUGAAGAAAUGAUUUCAACUGCUGAUAUUGUUAUUACUGCAACCGGUAAUAAAAAUAUUAUUAUCCGUAAACAUAUGGAUAAAAUGAAAGAUGGUGCCAUACUUUGUAAUAUGGGACAUUCCAAUAGUGAAAUUGAUGUUAAAAGUAUUCGAACAUCGGAUUUAAUAUGGGAAAAAAUCCGUUCACAAGUUGAUCAUAUUAUUUGGCCAAAUGGUAAACGUUUAAUAUUACUUGGACAAGGUCGUAUUGCAAAUUUAAGCUGUUCACAUAUGCCAUCAUUUGUUGCAUCAAUUACCUGUACAACACAAGUAAUGGCAUUGAUUGAAUUAUAUAAAGCACCAGCAGGUCGUUAUAAAUCGGAUGUUUAUUUGUUGCCGAAAAAAAUGGAUGAAUAUGUAGCUAGUUUGCAUUUAGCAUCAUUCAAUGCUCAUCUUACCGUAUUGACUGAAGAACAGGAAAAAUAUAUGGGCAUUUCUAAAUCUGGGCCAUUCAAACCGAAUUAUUAUCGAUAUUGAAAAUUUGAAGAUUACGGACAACAAGGAUUGAUUUGAAGUGAUGUGAAGCUGCCUUUUUUGUUUCUUGUUUUUUUUUCGAUUAAAAUUCGCCCAUCGCCUCGUUCA